CAGAGUAUCUGCCAGGCGCGAGCCGCUGUCAUGGUGUAUGACGAUGCCAAUAAGAAGUGGGUCCCAGCCGGUGGCUCCACUGGCUUCAGCAGAGUCCACAUCUACCACCACACAGGCAACAAUGCCUUUCGCGUGGUGGGACGCAAGAUCCAAGAUCAUCAGGUGGUGAUAAACUGUGCAAUCCCCAAGGGUCUGAAGUACAACCAGGCCACUCAGACCUUCCACCAGUGGCGUGACUCCAGACAGGUCUACGGCCUCAACUUUGGCAGCAAGGAGGACGCCAACGUAUUUGCCAGCGCCAUGAUGCACGCCUUGGAGGUGCUCAACUCCCAGGACUCUGGCCCCACACUGCCCAGACAAGGCCCCCAGGUUCAGAAUGGCCCCACACCAGAGGAGAUGGAGCUGCAGAGAAGGCAGCUUCAGGAGCUGCAAAGGCAGAAGGAGAUGGAGCUCGAGCGUCAAGAGAGGGAGCGUCAAGAGCAAGAGCAUGAGCGCCUGGAGCGAGAGAUGCUGGAGCGCGAGCAGGAGCGCGAGCGUCAGGAGCGGGAGCAUCAGGAUAGGGAGGCGCAGGCGGAGAGGGAGCGACUCGAGCGUGAGCGCCAGGAGCAGCAGGAGCGCACCGAGCGUGAGCUGAUGGAGAGGGAGAAGGUGGAGAGAGAGCGGCUGGAGAGAGAGCAGCAGGAGCAGUUGGACAGAGAGCAGCAGGACUGGGAGAGAGGGAGACGCGUCUCGAAUGCCGCUUUUGAAAGCACCCUGUACAGUCCCACACCUCAGGAGUACGGUAGAACGUCCUCCACACCUGUAUCUCCAUCCACACCCACCUACCCUGCUCCUGGGACGUCAUUAUCAUCAUCCAACACCACACCCCCGACCCCGCCACUCAGGCACUCGGCGUCCCGAUUCGCCACCUCGCUCGGUUCUGCGUUCCACCCGGUGCUGCCACACUACGCCACAGUUCCGAGGCGACAGCAGGCCCUCCCGCAGGCCCCGCCCCCUGGUCCGGCCCCGGCCCCUGUUCCACCCAAGUCUGUGGUGUGGUCGGCGUGCAACUUUACGCCCUUGCCUCCAUCGCCCCCUGUCAUGAUAAGCAGUCCUCCAGGCAAGGCCGCGGGUCCUCGGCCUCUCAUCCCCAUCGCAGCACCUUCCCCUCUGACCCAGAAGCCCCCCUCGCCAUCCCCCAACGGCCCACCCAUGUUUCCCGCGCCCUCUCCUCUGACCAUCAUGCACGGCCACACUCCGUUCGGCAUCGCCUGUCCAACCCCGCCACCCCCACCCACCCCACCCCCUCUCCCCUCCCCUGUAGCCCCCCAUCCGUCUUCCUCCUUCGCCUCGUCUCCCCCCUCCUCAUCCCAGGCUCCUGGUGUGCCCUCUCCCUCCACAGCGUCCCUUGCUGCCGCAGCCACUGCCUCUGCUGAGCACCUCUCCCUCCCCCUGGGCCUGGGCCUGUCGGGGCCGGGGGAGCUGGACCCAGCUGCAGGCCCAGAAGAAUAUACCUCACAGUAAACCCUGAGUUUGACCACCCCCACUCCUCCCCCACCACCACCACUGCCACCCAGCUCCACUGUGACCUCGGCGACCCCCAUCACCCCGGCCGCCCACCCUCCUCCGCCACCCCCUCCUCCUCCUCCUCCUCCUCCUCUCCCUCCCACGCUGACCCCAUGUGGGACGCCCCCCCCACCGCCAGGUCCUCCUCCUCCUCCCGGGGUCCCGCCUCCUCCCCCAGCACCGCCUCUCCCCGCCGGGCUGUUCUCCCCCGCUGAGGACCGGCCCCUCUCAGGCCUGGCCUCCGCCCUCGCUGGAGCCAAGCUGCGCAAAGUGUCAAAGAGUGACGAUGCAGCGGCGUCUCUGGCAGCGGCCAUUUUGGGAGCUGGAGGGGCUGCAGGGGCCAAAUCUGAGGCCAGAGGCAAUGGCCCUCUGCCUGGAGGAGGAGGCCUUAUGGAGGAGAUGAGUGCCCUGUUGGCCAGGAGGAGAAGAAUUGCAGACAAGGGCUCGUCACCUGAACCUGACCAGAGAUCAGAGGAGGGUGAAAUGAACACAACCCCUAAAGUGUCAGCAUGUAGCACACCAGACAUGCCCAGGAAGCCAUGGGAAAGAACAAACACCAUGAACGGUAGCAAAUCUCCAGUCAUUGGAAGACCUAAAUCCACUCCUACACCAACUGGAUCCUUAACUGCCAACGGUGUGCCAACAGAAACUGUUGACUACGACAGAUUGAAACAGGACAUUCUGGAUGAGAUGAGGAAGGAGCUGUCGAAGCUAAAAGAAGAGCUCAUUGAUGCAAUCAGGGAGGAGCUGGGUAAGUCCAGCACAGCGUAGAGGAUCCAAAUCUGCUGUUCAGAACAUCUCCACCAACGUGACCCAAACACAGACAUCUAAAUGGUCGGUCGAAGGCGGGACGAAACAAACGACGGAGCACAACGGCGGCAAACGGUGGAGACGGCGAUGAUGAUGAUGAAGAUGACGACAAUAAUCCUAUUAAUACUGACAGAGGACUUUAUCUGGGGUGGAGCGGCUUUGGACAGAACGACAGUGGACAGGGUAGUGGUGGAAAAGGCUCGUACCGCUGACGUAGCUGCGACUCAUGGAAUCCAUUCUGCAAAGUCUUGUGGUCCCGCGGCCCCCGAUCCCCCCACCUCAUCCUGGGCUGUUCUGACAGAGAAGCGAAAGCCCUUAUGCAACAGCGCUUUCUCGCUCUUUCAGUCAUUAUAAAAAGAAACGACUAAUAAACCCACAGCAAAAUAAAACCGAACUCUUCGAUGAUGCUGUAUCAACCAUUGGCGCGUGAGUGAAAGGCAACAUUGAUGCUCAGAAUCAGAACUCUUGUGAUCUACUAUCAAAAGGCAUGUUUUAAUAUUAAGCGAUAGCAGGAAGGUGGGGAUGGAAAAUAAAAACUUUAUUUCCCAUAAUGCCAUAGGGGUAGUGUGCGAUAGGAUGUGUGUGAGUGUGUGUGUGUGUGUAUGGGGGACUUGACAGUCUCCGGUGAAGUCCACCACUGCAGGACACUGUAAAGCUCGUCUUCCUAAAAUACUAUUUUAACCUGAACAUGUACAAAAGAGAGAAAAAGUUAUUUAGAGAACCACGUAUCUAUCGACCAUGUCUGUCUCAGUGUAGAUCCACGGCCAUUUCGAGUAGCUCAAUAAUCCGGUCUUUAAAACAGGAUACUCUCUCUCUCGUCUGUCUCCUCAUCUGUGAAGUCAUCGUCACACGUGUUGUUUCCCCCGUGAAGUGGGCGACUUUAGUGUGGAGACAUUUUACCGUCACGCUCAUUGACCUUUGACAGACGUGUAGAUAGAAAGGACUUCCUUCCUGUACGUUUUGAUUUGAAGACUCUCUCUCUCUCUCUCUCUCUCUCCCCCUUUCUUUGUCAGUCUCCGUCAUGUUCGUCACUCUGAGGUCCUCCGUUUGGUGCACGUGCGCUCGUUUUUUUUUUUUAUGAGGUGUGGGUCACAAGUCUGCCACGAAAUCAUAUAUUAACUGUCACAAGUUUUAUUACAAGCAAUAAGUGUAGCAUCUAUUGUAAAAGCCCGAGUCCCAACUCCACGAGACAUGUUUCAGUGUUUGUCCUUUCUGAGCCCUUUGCUGGCCACAUGUUACCGUGUGACACUAUGCCACUGCUUGUAUUACAGAUUUUCUGUGAAACUGAAGGCGACACUGUAAAGAAAGGAUUUCAUGGAAUUUCUCAAUCUUAUACUCUCCUUUUUAUUUUGGAAUAUUUUCUUGCUAUAUUAAAUCCAAGGAUAUUGUACCUUUA